AUGGCCAUGAGCUCCUAUUUGAUCAACUCCAACUAUGUGGACCCCAAGUUUCCACCUUGCGAGGAAUACUCACAGAGUGACUAUUUGCCCAGUCACUCUCCGGAUUAUUACAGCUCCCAGAGAGAGGAGCCUGCUCCCUUCCAGCCGGACUCUCUUUACCACCACCAUCAACACCAUCCGCACCAGAACCACCACCAGCACCAGCGAGCCGAGCCGCCAUACACACAGUGCCAGCGUGGAUCGCAGACCACUUCGGUGGUGAUGUCCCCACGAGGUCAUGUCGUCGCCCCGACCGGACUGCAGACCACUCCACUCCCGGAGCAGAGCCACCGCUGUGAUUCCGUGACACCGAGCCCGCCUCCACCUCCGUCUUGCGGUCAAACACCCCACAGCCAAAGCAGUUCUUCCCCAACAAGCACUCGUAAGGACCCCGUAGUGUACCCGUGGAUGAAGAAAGUUCAUGUAAACAUCGUAAGUUCAAACUACACUGGGGGUGAGCCGAAGCGCUCGCGGACGGCCUACACGCGCCAGCAGGUUCUAGAGCUCGAGAAGGAGUUCCACUACAACCGGUACUUGACGCGCAGGCGCAGGGUGGAGAUUGCGCAUACGCUGUGUCUGUCGGAACGGCAGAUCAAAAUCUGGUUCCAGAACAGGAGGAUGAAAUGGAAAAAGGACCACAAGCUGCCCAACACCAAGGUCCGCUCUGGAACAGGCAGCAACAAUACAAACUCCCAGGCUCUAGCCGGAUCCCAGAGCCGUUCUUCCGGACCACUAUAG